GUUGGUAUAAAAGCGAGCAGCUUUGUGGUGCUAAUCAUCAGUUGCAUUCUUCAGCUAGGUGAAGUUCCACCGAUUUCGUAUCCCAAGCAAGAAACUUCCAGCUAUGAAGAUCUUCGUGUGUUUGUUUGCCGCACUUGUUGCCACCAGCUCCGCUGGCUUCAUUGGCGGUGGCGGUGGCGGUGGCGGCGGCGGUGGAGGCGGUUACAAUUAUGGCAUUGGCGGCGGCGGCGGCGGCGGUGGUGGCGGACACGCUGAGGUGCGCACAGUUCAAGUGAUUCACGAGGGCGGCGGCGGUGGUGGUGGCUAUGGACAUGGCGGACAUGGCGGACAUGGCGGAUAUGGCGGACAAGGUGGAUAUGGCGGUCAUGGCGGACAUGGUGGACAUGGCGGUCAUGAUGUGAAGAUCGUAAAGGUCAUUCACCAGGAAGCAGCGCCUGUUUAUCAAGAUCAUGGCGGUCAUCAUCAUCAAGAGGAGGUGAAGAUCGUCAAGGUCAUCCACGAAGAAGCCCCCGCAAUCGGUCAUCAGUCAUUUGGCGGCGGCGCUCAUCACGAGGUCAAGACCAUUAAGGUCAUUCAUGAGGAGGCGCCAGUAGUGCAUCAUCAUCAAGGCCACUCGCAUGGUGGUCAACAGGAUGUCAAGAUUGUGAAGGUUAUCCAUGAGGAUGGCGGCUAUUCGGGUGGUGGUGGUGGAUUCGUACAUGGAGGCGGACACCAGGAACACCAGAUCGUCAAGGUGAUCCACCAGGAUGGUGGUUAUGCUUUGGGCGGCGGUGGCUAUACAGGUGGACACGCUGUGGGUCAUGCUCACCACGAGCAGGUGAACACCAUCAACGUUAUUCACGAGGAGAUCGCCCAAGCGCCCAUUGCCGUUCACAAUGACUACUUGCCACCAGUGGUGUCGGCUCCCCAUCACAGUUACCUGCCCCCGGUGACUGUCUAGACUGUUUAGACUGUCUAGACUGUCUAGUAAUCCCCCACAACUGUGCUCCAGUUGUUCUGUGAUUCGAACUGUGUCAUAAUUGUGACCUCCGUUGUUAAAUAGUUAUAGUAAUCCCCCCCUCCUCCUCCACACACAAC